UUUUUCUUCAUCUGUUUCUAGUUAAUUUCCACGCAAAAUUUUCACGGUUUCCUUACUGUACAGUUCGAGCGUUUUAGGUGUCGCUUGUAUUAUAGUGACAAACGUUAAGUUAAUUUCAUUUCCUUACCGUCCCAAGAAGCACCUAAAAGUGAACCAAGUUCGGUGCGAAGUUGUGUUCUCUUUGUGUGAAGAAAAGUCGUCACUUUUCACACCGUCUGUGCGUGUUUUUUCCCACAAACAAAAGCGACCCAUGACGCAGCGCAACGUGGUGUAGAAAUCCGUCUUUGGCUUCAAUCCCGGUCUAGUGGUCUCGACUCCCGGUCACAAAGAUGGGCAAUACGGACACGAAGCUAAACUUCCGUAAAGCAAUCGUACAGCUGACCAGCAAAAGUCAGCCAAUCGAUGCGAGUGAUGACGCAUUUUGGGAGCAGUUCUGGUGCGAACACAACACACCGGUACAGGAUGUGUUUGCGCUGGUGCCGGCGAACGAGAUACGCAAGGUGCGAGAUGUCAUGCCAACGAAUUUGGCCACGCUGUGCUACAAGGCCACGGAAAGGAUGGUACGGGCGGUGGACAAUAGUUGUAGGACGCAGGGCGAACAGCAAACGGUAUUGAACUGUGUCCGGUUGCUGACACGCAUCCUACCGUACGUGUUCGAGGAUGUCCAGUGGAAGGACUUUUUCUGGUCGUCUCUCCCUUCCGGCAGCGAGAAGGAAGAGACCGGUUCCGUUCCGUUGGCCCAGAGUCUGCUGAACGCGAUAUGUGAUCUGCUGUUCUGUCCGGACUUUACCGUGAUCGGGUAUCGGAAAUCGGGCCCCGAAAAAGCGGAAGAACUCAACUCGAUCGAUAGUUGCGAGUACAUCUGGGAGGCUGGCGUUGGAUUUGCCCAAUCGCCACCCCGCAAUGGCAACAUGGAUUCGAGGCGCACGGAGCUGCUGAAGCUGUUGCUCACGUGCUUUAGCGAAACCAUGUACCGUCCACCGACGGCAAGCGAUGAACCGAACCGUUGGAUCGUGCACUUUACCAGUGCGGACAAUCGGCACGCGCUGCCCCUGUUCACCUCGCUGCUGAACACGGUCUGUGCGUACGACCCGGUCGGUAUCGGUGUACCGUACAACCACCUGCUGUUCACGGACACGCUCGAACCGCUGGUUGAGGUAUGUCUGCAGAUUUUAAUCGUCACGCUCGACCAUGACAUCACGAGCAAUGGGCCGGCACAGUCGUCGGCGUACAUACACGACGACAGUACCAUCGCGGACAAUCUCUUCAUCAACUAUCUGUCGCGCAUUCACCGGGACGAUGAUUUUCAGUUCAUACUGAAGGGUGUUACGCGUUUGCUAAACAAUCCGCUAGUGCAGAGCUAUCUGCCAAACUCGACCAAGCGGCUCCACUGUCACCAGGAGUUGCUGGUGUUCUUCUGGAAGAUUUGCGACUAUAACAAGAAAUUUCUCUACUUUGUGCUGAAAAGCAGUGACGUGCUGGACAUACUCGUACCGAUUCUCUACCAUCUGAACGAUUCCCGUGCCGAUCAAUCACGCGUUGGACUGAUGCACAUUGGUGUGUUCAUUCUGUUGCUCCUAUCCGGCGAGCGUAACUUUGGCGUUCGCCUAAACAAACCCUACACAGCCACCGUACCGAUGGACAUUCCCGUGUUUACCGGUACACACGCGGAUCUGCUGAUAACGGUGUUUCAUAAAAUCAUUGCUACCGGGCACCAGCGGCUGCAGCCACUGUUUGACUGUCUGCUUACGAUUCUCGUCAACGUGUCGCCGUACUUGAAGACACUCUCGAUGGUGGCUAGCAUUAAGUUGUUGCAUCUGCUGGAAGCAUUCAGCACGCCCUGGUUCCUUUACUCGGCACCCUCGAACCAUCAUUUGGUGUUUUUCCUGCUGGAAAUCUUUAACAACAUCAUCCAGUAUCAGUUCGAUGGGAAUUCGAACCUGGUGUACACGAUAAUCCGCAAGCGGCAGGUGUUCCAUGCGCUUGCGAAUCUACCGACGGAUGCGGCCGGCAUUGCGCGUUGUCUCAGCAACCGCAAGGGUGGAAACGGAGCUGGAAUGGGCGGUGGACGUACGGGUGGUUCUAGUCAAGGAGCGGCCUCCAGAAGUGUGGCCGGGCAGGAUGAUGCCGCUGAUUAUCAGCAGCGUAAAGCUGCCCUCACUGCGACCGGUACCGGAAGCGGAUCUGUUGCCGGGGAUGAAAGCGAGGAGGACCGUAUUGUCACACGAACGGGGCGGCUCGGUUUGCGCGAAGCGGACAGUGCAAGUGAAAGGGAAGAAGACGCCCGAAUCGGGGACGAGGAUGCCCGUAGCGAUAUAGUGGAAGAAUCGAUGGAAGGUUCACGGCCAGCGCAGGAAGCCGAACCCGGAACGCUAAAGGCCACGCUACUAGAUACGCCCAAUCUGGCACAGAUCACCGAACGGGAAUCGGCACACCCGAGCGAUCUUGCUAGUCCCUCGUCGCCGGAUGUACCGGCAGUGCCGGAAAAGGGGCCCGCAAGCGAUGAAGAAGAACCGGAAGCUAAUGGCACCAAAAAGGGGGCUGCGACUGAUUCGUCUCCGAGCAAAACGCCUUCCCCACUGCGACGUUCGGUUGCGCAGCGUGGCAGCUUGCGCGUAACACCUGCGCCGGUGCACGGCGUCCAGGUGAAACAGUGGCAACCGACACCGGAGUGGGUGCAGUCGUGGCGCUCGAAGCUACCGCUCCAAACAAUCAUGCGCCUGCUGCAAGUGCUCGUACCACAGGUGGAAAAGAUCUGCAUCGAUAAAGGCCUUACCGAUGAGUCGGAGAUACUGAAGUUUCUGCAGCACGGUACGCUCGUCGGUUUGCUGCCCGUGCCGCAUCCGAUCCUGAUACGGAAGUACCAAGCGAACGGUGGCACCACGGCCUGGUUCCGCACGUACAUGUGGGGCGUUAUCUAUCUGCGCAACGUUGAUCCGGCCGUCUGGUACGAUACGGAGGUGAAACUGUUCGAGAUACAGCGCGUCUAAGCAGCGACACCCCAAAGGGACACUGGUAAGCGUCAAAAGUUCUUAUUCCAUACUAACCCUUCAUCAUCUUCAUCUCGUGUGUAAGCUUUUCUAACGAUUGUUACUAUUGCCGUACCGGAGGUUAAGGAGAAUGAUGCCUUUGAAUGUAGCAUAAGAGAUAGAAUCUGUAGCAGGAAGAAAGCGGUAGAGAGAGAGAGAGAGGGAUUCUCCAACAGAAACGGUGUAAUCACCGCAUACCCGUACUCAACAUUCAAAACUGACCAUUCCGUCUAACCGCCAUUGGGAAGUAAAUCCAAAGCAAAGUAAGAUAUAAAAAGGCAUACCAGUAAGUAAUGCCUCGCCUCUUUUCGACACUUAUUUCAACGCUUUACUGUUUAGCAUUAGUUUGUCCGCCUAAACUAUACGGAAGCUUUAAAGUUAGUGUGCAACCAGUGCAAAAAUAGCUUAAAACUCCUCCAUGUCUAUCCUCUAGUUAUGUUGUUGCCCGGGCUGCAUCUGGCGCGCCCUGUAAUGAUAAUAAUACAAUGAAUAAUAAUGAGACAUGCUAAAUCUGCUAUAAACUUUGUAAAGAGGCUUUGAUAAAUACAAUGGCACGCAUAUUCGUGUGAAGCAUACAGUUUACGUAAACAACAAAAAAACAGCAAAGCUUCGUUAAUAUGGAAGUUGUUAGAAAGGAAGUGUCAGGGUAAAUCUGAUAGCAAGAGCAUAAGUAAGUGAAGGAAAUGGUGGGAAACGUGCAAAACAUACCGGCUAGCGUAUGUGGCUGACGUGCAGUAACUUAAACCAAUCAAAUCUAUAUAACAAACGUAGCAUAUUAUUACAUAUACAAACCCAUACAAUAUAUCAAAUGCGUGUGACGAAAGGGCGGGCACGUUUGAGCUUUCCCUGUUAUCGCACGGA